AUGAAUUUUGAAGCAGUAGGUAUAAUAUAUAUUCACAUUUCUGCAAUGUCUAUUAUGAUGUCACCAAUGGUUUCCUUGGUAGAUUGUUACCAACAAACAAUAGGUUCGAUAACUACCAAAGCCGAAACUGAAAAUAGAAAUGUUUCUGAAAUGGAACAAGGAUAUCUUGACUAUAUUGCAGAACGUCAAUCAAAGGCAGAGAAAAUCUGUUCUAAAGAUAUUUAUGAAUAUCUUAAAAAAUUACAGGAAAAGCUUUAUCCACAAGAGGUAUCCGAACUUUCCCAAGGUAUCCGAGAAAGAGAACAGCUUAUUUAUGAACUUGAAAUGGAAUUCCUUACAACACGUAUGGAUUUUACCAACAGCUUGUUCAAGUUCAAAUCCGAUCCAUUUGCCUAUGACACCAAGAUGUCCAAAUUAAAGAAUGGUCGUGUAUCCUUGCCAAACACAACCCAAAAGUACACCAAGAUAUAUGGUCAAGUACAAGAAAACAACGGCCUUCUCGACCUCUUGGUACAAAAAGGUGCAACUCUUAGAUCUCAACUCCAAGCCCUUGCAGACUAUGGUAACUGGAAAAAGGAACAAGUUGAAAUCGACAACCAGGCCCAACAACUCAAAAAGGCUCAACAAGAACAAGAAGAAAAAAUCCGUUUAGAGUUUCAAGAGAGAUUAGAUGCCCUUAACCAAGAAAAAAAGAAAAAAGUACUUCCAAAUACUCCUGGUGGUGGAAAAAAGGCUGCAGCCAGACCCAAGAAUCCCAAGGUCCAUAAUCCAAAAGGCAAACAACCAAAACCAGUUAAACCAACAAAUCAAGCUCAACAACCCCCCCUCCCACCAGUUGAUAUUGACAACGACCAUAACAUGAAUGGUGCUAAUGACAACAAUCAACAAGACCAAGAUGUCUAA